UAGGGCUCUGCUGUGGGGCUUACGAUGUGUUGGAUACACAGAUACUUACCACUGUGUCACGGUUGGCUGCAGUAUUCAUUACAGUGACAUGCUGCAUACAGGAGCGUGUGCCCAGCUCACUCAUGGUGGAAAGGGACGUCCAUGCCAUUGCUUCCUUGUCACUAGUCCCUGCAGUAGCUCAUACUCAGUGUGAGGAAGAGGUAACCAAGCUUGGGCAGGACGAGGAGGUGUCCCAGGUACCAGAGUGCAGAGAAGACACAGAGCUGGAGGCGUGAGUGUGGCUGCAGCUGGACAGGAUUUCAAUUUUAUAAACAGCUUUCCUCUUGAGGAGAUCACAUCGUGAUGUUGGUGUCUUAGAGCUAAAACGAUGAGUGAAUUUCGGAUUCACCACGAUGUCAACGAGUUGCUCAGCUUGCUGCGUGUCCAUGGAGGGGAUGGGGCCGAGGUCUACAUCGACCUGUUGCAGAAGAACAGGACCCCGUAUGUCACAACCACCGUCUCUGCUCACAGUGCCAAGGUUAAAAUUGCAGAGUUUUCUCGUACUCCAGAAGACUUUCUAAAGAAAUACGAUGAACUGAAAUCUAAAAAUACAAGGAACCUCGACCCGCUUGUGUACCUGUUGUCAAAGCUCACAGAGGACAAAGAGACUCUACAGUAUUUACAACAGAAUGCAAAAGAAAGAGCUGAGCUCACAGCCACUGUGGGCAACACCGCCAGCUUCAGCGUCCCCACUGCGGCCUCCAAGAUCUCCAUGCAGGAGCUCGAGGAGCUGAGGAAGCAGCUCGGCAGCGUGGCCACGGGGUCCACGUUGCAGCAGUCUCUGGAACUUACAAGAAAGAUGCUUCGAGACAAGCAGAACAAAAAAAAUUCAGGCCAGCACCUCCCUGUCUUCCCAGCGUGGGUGUAUGAGAGACCUGCGCUGGUCGGGGAUUUCCUGAUUGGCUCGGGUGUAAGCCCCGACACGGCUUUGCCUAUAGGCACGCUGCCCCUGGCCUCCCAGGAGGCGGCCAUGGUGGAGGACCUGCUCUACGUGCUGGUGGGUGUGGAUGGCAGGUACAUCACCGCCCAGCCCCUGGCUGGGAGGCAGAGCCGGACCUUCCUCGUGGACCCCAACCUGGACCUGUCCAUCAGAGAGCUAGUGAGCAGGAUCCUGCCGGUGGCGGCCAGCUACUCCACCGUGACCAGGUUCAUUGAAGAGAAGUCCUCCUUCGAGUAUGGGCAGGUGAACCACGCCCUGGCGGCCGCCAUGAGAACCCUGGUGAAGGAGUACCUGAUCCUGGUCACCCAGCUGGAGCAGCUGCACAGGCAGGGCCUCCUGUCGCUGCAGAAGCUCUGGUUCUACAUCCAGCCGGCCAUGCGCACCGUGGACAUCCUGGCCUCCCUCGCCGCCGCAGUGGACAAAAGUGAGUGCCUGGGUGGGUCCACGCUGAGCCUGCUGCACGACAGGAGCGUCAGCUGCACGGGGGACACCCAGGCGCAGGAGCUGUGCCUGCACCUGACCAAGGCGGCCAGCGCACCCUACUUUGAGGUUCUGGAGAAGUGGAUAUACAGGGGCGUCAUCCACGACCCGUACAGCGAGUUCAUGGUCGAGGAGCACGAGCUGCGCAAGGAGAAGAUCCAGGAGGACUACAACGACAAGUACUGGGACCAGCGCUACACCGUGGUGCAGCCGCAGAUCCCGUCCUUCCUGCAGAAGGUGGCCGGCAAGAUCCUGAGCACAGGAAAGUAUCUCAAUGUGGUCAGAGAGUGUGGUCACCACGUCACCUGCCCGGUGGCUAAAGAGAUUAUCUACACGCUGAAGGAGCGGGCGUAUGUGGAGCAAAUCGAGAAGGCGUUCGACUACGCCAGCAAGGUGCUGCUGGACUUCCUGAUGGAGGAGGAGGAGCUGGUGGCCCACCUGAGGUCCAUCAAGCGCUACUUCCUGAUGGACCAGGGGGACUUCUUUGUGCACUUCAUGGACCUCACCGAGGAGGAGCUCCGGAAGCCAGUGGAGGACAUUGCGCCCCCCCGCCUGGAGGCCCUGUUGGAGCUGGCGCUGCGCAUGAGCACCGCCAACACGGACCCCUUCAAAGACGACCUCAAGAUUGACCUGAUGCCUCAUGACCUCAUCACUCAGCUGCUGCGAGUUCUGGCCAUCGAGACCAAGCAGGAGAAGGCGAUGACCCACGCCGACCCUACCGAGCUCACGCUGAGCGGCCUGGAGGCCUUCUCCUUCGACUACAUCGUCAAGUGGCCCCUGUCACUCAUCAUCAACAGGAAAGCCCUCACCCGCUACCAGAUGCUCUUCAGGCACAUGUUUUACUGCAAGCACGUGGAGCGGCAGCUCUGCAGCGUCUGGAUCAGCAACAAGGCCGCCAAGCAGCACUCGCUGCACUCCGCCAAGUGGUUUGCCGGGGCCUUUACUCUGCGGCAACGAAUGCUCAACUUUGUUCAGAACAUUCAGUACUACAUGAUGUUCGAGGUGAUGGAACCAACCUGGCACAUCCUUGAGAAAAACCUGAAAUCCGCUUCCAACAUCGAUGACGUCCUUGGCCAUCACACGAGCUUCCUGGACAACUGCCUGAAGGACUGCAUGCUCACCAACCCCGAGCUGCUGAAGGUCUUCUCCAAGCUCAUGUCUGUGUGCGUCAUGUUCACCAACUGCAUGCAGAAAUUCACACAGAGCAUGAAGUUGGACGGCGAGCCGGGCCGGCCGACACCAGAGCAGGGCACGCUGCUGGGGCCACCCGCAGGGGCUGAGUGGGCCGAGGAACGGGCCCGGAAGGAGCUCGCCAGGAAGUACCUGGCCGAGCACGUGGACGCUCCCCAGCUGGCAUCCAGCUUCGAGGCCACCAUCAACAAGUUUGACCAGAACUUCUCUGCCCACCUGCUUGACCUCCUGGCCCGGCUGAGCAUCUACAGCACCAGCGACUGUGAGCACGGCAUGGCCAGCGUCAUCUCCAGGCUCGACUUCAACGGCUUCUACACGGAGCGCCUGGAGCGCUUGUCUGCAGAGAGGAGCCAGAAGGCCACCCCCCAAGUGCCCGUCCCACGGGGGCCGCCUGUCGCAGUGCCCAGGGUUGCGGUCACUGCGCAGUGAGCUGCAGGCCACGGCUCGGAGGGAGGGUGUGGGGGGCGGCAGGUGCUGCGGUUUGAGCAAGUCCAGGAUUUUCCAGUCAAAUAGAACACACACGUGUGUUCUGUGUGUUUUUUGUGUUUAAACAUAAAG